AUGAUCACAGACACAUAUUCAAAGGUUUUGCCUGAUAUCUCAAAGCGAUCAAUGCUUAAAAACGAGGAUUUGAGCAAGCUAAUUAGAGAGCAAAGGAUACAACAAGAAGCAGCAAGUGAAAGAGAGAAAGAGCUCAAUAUUUAUCGAAGUGGGUCAGCCCCACCUACUGUAGAAGGGUCUUUAAGCUCUAUUGGAGGGUUGUUUGACGGUACAGGGAUUCCUGGUAUAAAAAAUGGCAAUAAAGGUGAGUCUUUGAGCGAAGAGGAGUUAAGGUCUGAUCCAGCUUAUGUUAAGUAUUAUUAUUCUAAUGUGAACUUGAAUCCAAGACUGCCUCCUCCAUUAUUGUCAAAGGAGGACUGGAGAUAUGCGCAGAGAUUACAUGGUAGUAGUGGUGGUUCUAAUUCUGCAGUCGGCGAUAGAAGGAAGGGAAGUAGAGGUGGUGAUAAUGAAGGGCAAAGGUCACUUUUUGCAGUGCAGCCAGGGUUUGGAGGAGGGAUGGAGGAGAACGGGAACGGGAACGGAGUGGAGUGGGGAGGAGAUGGGCUUAUUGGGUUGCCAGGACUGGGCUUGGGAAGUAGGCAAAAGAGCAUUGCAGAGAUCAUUCAGCAUGAUAUGGGUCAUGGAAACUCCAUCUCAAGGAACCCUUCACGUCCCACUAGCCGCAAUGCAUUUGAUGAUGAUGUAGAAACUUCUGAAGCUCAGUUUAGUCAGCUGCGUGGUGAUCUGGCAUCUAUCGAUGCUCUACGCUCCAGCUCAAACAAACAGGGCAUGUCUGCAGUUCAAAAUGUUGGUGCAUCAGCUUCUCAUACCUAUGCUUCUGCUUUAGGUGCUUCCUUGUCACGAAGCACUACACCUGACCCGCAGCUUGUAGCUAGAGCUCCUAGUCCUCGCAUUCCACCUAUUGGAGGAGGUAGGACUAAUUCCAUGGACAAAAGAGAUGUGAGUGGUUCACACUCUUAUAAUGGCAUCUCAACAAGCUUGAAUGAUUCUGAGCUCGUAGCUGCUUUGUCUGGGUUGAAGAUGUCAACAAAUGGUCUAGUCGAUGAAGAGAACCACUCACGGUCACGAACCCAGCAUGAAAUUGAUGAUCGCCAUCACCUGUUCAAUUUGCAAGGUGAUCAAAACCAUGCCAAGCAACAAUCAUAUUUAAAUAAGUCAUCUGCUAGCUCAAAUCUUAAAUUACCCUCGACACUUACUCUGAAUGGUCGAGGGGGUCUCCUUCUAAUCACCAGAAUGCAGAUAGCCUGA